AUGGCGGACAAAGAAAGGCCUACAGAGCUCCAACUCCAGCAGGAGAAGGCUCUUAAGGAAUCUCUAAAAAGCGCAGGCAUCGCUUUCAAGGAGCACAAGCACGCAAAGGCCACUACUGUCGAGGAGCUAGCCGCGGCUGUAGGAUCUCUGGGCAUUCAAAUAUGCAAAAAUCUCUUCCUCAAGGACAAAAAGGGCAGUCUCUUCCUCCUUACCGCCUUGCACGAUUCGCCUACUCCGCUGAAAGGCUUAAUGGCAAAACUUGGUGCUCAAAAAUUGCGCCUCGCGGACGAAAAGAUCCUUGAGGACACUUUACACGUCUUACCCGGCUGCGUCACCCCGUUCGCUAUUCAAAAUGAUGAAAAGAAGGAAGUGACGCUGCUGCUUGAUGCAAAGCUAAAGGACAGUACGGCUCCUGUCUUGGUGCAUCCCCUCCACAACUUUGAAAGCCUUGAAAUCGCACCAAGAGACAUCAUCUCGUUUCUCACUUCAAGAGGGAUUACCAUAACCUUCAUUGACUGCCAGGAGCUUCAAGCCUUAGCGGAUGCUCCUGCAAACGGUCCAGACGGCGCAGUUUCAAAAGCUAAGAAGUCUGGCGCUGCAGCAAAAGGCGGCAAAGAGGAUUCACAGCAGCCUGAAGCCACUUUGGGAGUUACCGCACAUAAGGCAACCAACUUUGCAGAGUGGUAUACGCAGACGAUUGUGCGUGGCGAGCUCGUUGAGUAUUAUGACAUUAGCGGAUGCUACAUCAUUAGACCCUGGGCGUAUCGGAUGUGGGAAGCCGUGCAGAAGUUCUUCGACGAUAGCAUUAAGCGCUUAGGCGUCGAGAACUGUUACUUUCCCAUGUUUGUCUCUAAGGCCAAACUGGAGAAGGAGAAGGAUCACGUCGCAGGAUUCAGUCCAGAAGUUGCGUGGGUAACACAUUACGGAGACUCUGAACUUCCAGAAAAAGUUGCCAUCCGGCCUACUAGCGAAACCAUCAUGUAUCCUGCGUAUGCCAAGUGGAUCCGAUCGCACAGAGAUCUUCCUCUGAAGCUGAAUCAGUGGAACAACGUCGUCAGGUGGGAGUUCAAGCAGCCCACUCCCUUCCUUCGCACUCGAGAGUUCCUGUGGCAGGAAGGCCAUACGGCGCAUGCGACCGAGGAGGAGGCGUUCAAACUCGUUCUCGAUAUCCUGGAGCUCUACAGACAGUGGUACGAGGACUAUUUGGCUGUACCUGUUAUCAAGGGCGAAAAGAGCGAGCACGAAAAGUUUGCGGGAGGAAAGAAGACCACGACGAUAGAGGGAUUCGUUCCCGAGACAGGACGUGGCAUCCAGGCAGCAACGUCGCAUUUGCUUGGACAGAACUUCUCGAAGAUGUUUGGGAUUGAGUUCGAGGACGAGAAAGGCGAAAAACAGUUUGCACACCAGACGAGUUGGGGGUGCACGACGCGGUCCCUUGGCGUCAUGAUUAUGACACACGGAGACGACAAGGGAUUGGUGCUUCCCCCCCGGAUUGCAGCUGUACAGGCCGUCAUUAUUCCAAUCGUCUUCAAAGAGAGUGGAAGCGCUGAGGUUCUCGCCAAGUGCCGCGAAGUCGAACAGUCUCUAAAAGCUGUCGGUGUGCGCGUAAAGGUUGACGAUAGGACAAAUUAUACGCCGGGCUGGAAGUUCAACGACUGGGAACUCAAAGGCGUGCCUUUACGGCUGGAGAUAGGCCCCCGAGACGUGGAAAGCCGGCAGACACGGGUUGUGCGGAGAGACACCUCGUCUGCUGAGAAUGUUCCUUGGGAUGAUGUGGAAACGCGUAUCCCCGCAUUGCUGGAUGCCAUUCAGCAGGCCCUAUUCACAAAGGCGAAGGCGAGAUUCGACGCAUCUAUUGAAAAGAUCACAACCUUCGAAGAGGUCAUGCCUGCUCUCAACAGAAGGCAUCUUAUCCUUGCCCCAUGGUGCGAGGACCCCCAGACAGAAACCGAAAUCAAGAAAGAGACACAGCGGCUUUCGGAGCUUCAGGCUCGCGAGAAUGCCGACGGAAUGACUGGCGCUAUGAAAACCUUGUGCAUUCCUUUCGAGCAACCCCCCAUGCCGGAGGGCACGCGCUGUUUCUUUACGGGUCGUCCUGCCAAGCGGUGGUGCCUCUUCGGUAGGAGCUACUGA